AUGAAUAACAAUAUUAAUUAUACAACAAAAAUUGCUUAUUCCCUGCAUGAGAAUAUAGAAAUAUAUAUAUCUUAUUCAAUUUCUUGUUAAAUUAAUGGAAUUAAUUCGUCAAUUAAAUAAUUCUAUAUUACAUAUUUCGAAAACAUUGAGAGCUAGCUGUCAGAAGAAAGUGUUUAGUUAUUUAUUUCAAAGUAGGCUCUUCUCAAUUAAGUACUUUUUACUGAGAAUUGCAAUUUUGCAGCUAAGUUGAUACAAAUCGAUAAAGCCAAUAGAAAACAAUAAGGGCAUGAGCUAUUUUAUACUUUAAGGCUCAUAUUGAGAAAAAGGGUAAUUAAGGAAGCAUUAAAACGAGGAUUAUAUUAAAUCAAACUUAUUGGAAAGGAGGAAAUAUGCCGAUAUGCUUGUCUGAAGGUCGAGUGAAGAAUUGUAAAAGAUGGUUAGGAAGAAGGUGAAUAACAGAAAACUGUUGAGGAGAGUAACAUUGACGACUUUGUAAUUUGAAAUAAACAAUAAAUGAGGAAGAGUGAAAAGAAGGACUUGAAGGUGAACUUCAACACUUGAUUUAUAAGUAUUUGGUUGAGAUUGUAUUAAUGAGAUCGAGAUUGUGAGGUGAUUUUAUA